AUGGAGGCGAAGGCCGGCGAGUUGCGCGGCCUUAGUAAGAACAACGUGCAUUCGCUUUUGUCAUUGAUUGAAGAACACAGCGAUGAGGUUCUUGUUCAGGAGAAGCUGUUGAUGGAAGUUGAGAAGUAUGUUAGAGAGAAGGAGAUGGAGUUUUAUUCGAUUGACAAGCGUGUUAAAGAGAGGACGAAGAAAUUGAAUUGGGUUGAGAAAAUCGUGGAAGAGAAGUCGAAAUUGGCCGAGUCUAAGGAGGGGGAAGUGAAAGGGUUUCAAGAAGCAUUGAACAAGUACGUUGCGUACAUUGAGUUGAAAAAGAGGCAAUUGAAUGAGAUUCUUGGGUCGAUUGAGAAGCACAAGAAAGAGUUUGAUUUGAAACAAGAGCUAAUUGAAGCAACGAAAAGAUCGAUUGAGGAAUGUGACAAGGAGUUGAUAUUGAAAGAGGAGAAACUUAGGUUGCUUCAGAAAUCGUUAGUGGAGUGCUCUAAUACACUUGAAUCGAAAGAGAAAAUGAUUGGGGAAAUAGAUUUGAAAGAGAGAGAUUUUGGUUUGCUUAAGAAAUCAAUGGAGGAGCGGUCUUGUAAGCUUCAAUGCAAAGCGAGGGAACUUGAAUUGAUUGACAAGAGGGUCAGUGAACGCCUCAAUGAGGUUAAGUUGAAAGAAAAGAAUUUGGAUCAACUGCAAAAAUCGAUACGAGAUGGCGAGAAGCACUUGGAUAAAAUGUCUGAGGGACUUCAAAUGAAAGAGUGUAAACUUCAAGACCAGGCCAAAGAGCUUGCAUUGAAGCAGAAAGAAGUUCAUUCGAUCAAAAAAUCCACUGAAGAGCACACCCAAAACCUGAUAUUGAAAGAGAGGCAACUUGAAGACCAGGCCAAAGAGCUUGAACUGAAGCAGAAAGAAUUUGAUUCGAUAAACAAAUGCAGUGAAGAACAGACCCAAAACCUGAAAUUGAAAGAGAGGCAACUUGAAGACCUGGCCAAAGAGCUUGAACUGAAGCAGAAAGAAUUUGAUUCGAUAAACAAAUCCACUGAAGAAUACUCCCAAAACCUGAAAUCGAAAGAGAAAACUAAUACCCUUCAUUCUCAAGUGAAGAUUGAGCAACUGGAACAUAUCCCUUCCAACAAUGCCUUUGUUCCUUCUUCUGCAAGUAAUCAAUCCAGCAUCAAUAGGGAUGGUAGAGGCUUGCAGUUGUUCGUGAAUGAGCAGUUGAAGAGAAUUGCUUUAGUGGGUAGUGAAAUCUCAGCUGUUCUUGAGGCCUCAUUGGACCAAGAAAAAUUGGUUUUGGAUGCAAUGCAAGGGUUUUACCCCUCAAAUUCGACUCUAGGCAACAGGGAAUGUGAUUUUGAUUUGGGAGUUAUUAGGAGGAGUUGUAUUCUUUUGUUAGAGGCUUUAAGGAAAGUCUCACCGCAAAUUAAUCCUCAUGUGAGAGAAGAAGCAAUUAAGUUGGCGGAUGACUGGAAGGAUAAAAUGACGGUGGCAACAGAGAAUUGGUUGGAGAUUUUGGGUUUUUUGAGGCUUGUUACUACGUAUGAAAUCACGUCUUCUUAUGAUGAGAAGGAGCUUCGAAGUCUUAUUGCAUUAGUUGCUGAGUAUGAACAGGCAACUGAAUUAUCCCAAGCUCUUGGUAGCACAGAAAAUGCGUCUGCCAUCAUCAUUUGUUCCCCUGAGAAACCAGAAUCUUCACUGGCCAAAAAUGCAGCAGCUGUUUCUUCUCCGAAUCUUCAACUAACUGCUACCACAGAUGCAAGGAAUUUGCAGGGGUUUCUACAUGAGCUUGCGAGAGGGAAUCAUUUAAUACAGAAUGAAACUUUGGCUGCUCUUCAGACGUCAUUGGACCCAGCAAAAUUUGUGUUGGAUGUGAUGCAGAAUUCCUUUGCUCAAUACUGGGGAGACGGAGAUGUUCCUUCUAAAGAAACUGUCAUGUUGAGUUACAUUAACCUGUUGGAGCAGCUAAUGGGUGUCUCACUGCAUGUAGGACUUCAUGUGAAGGACGAUGCGGAAAAGCUAGCAAUCCAGUGGAAAGCAAAAAUGGGAGCUGAUACUCAAAAUUCGUUGGAACGUUUGGGUUUUUUGAAGUUUAUUGCUACAUAUGGGUUGUUUUCUACCUUUACUAGAGAUGAUAUUGCACCGCUUCUUGGGAGAAUUUCUCAGGAUAAACAGACUCGAGAAUUAUGUCAGAAACUCAGGUUUACUAAUAAGAUCCCUGCACAUUUUAUUAUGAAUCUUAUUGAAAGGAGGAAACUGCUUGAGGCUGUAAGGUUGAUUUGCACCUUCAAGUUCAUUGACAUUUUCCCCCCAGUACCACUCUUGGAGAAGUAUGUGGAGAACAGAAAGAACUGGAGGUGUAAAAUUUGCAAGAGAAAGAACUCACUAGAUAGAAAGGAUAAGGUUUUAGAUAAUGAUAUUGCUGAUUUAAGAGCUGUGAUUCAGUGCAUCAAAGAUUGCAAGCUCGAGUCUGAAUACCCAUCCGGGAACAUUGAAAUACAAAUAGCAGUGCUUGAGAAAAUAAAGGAGGAUCGAAGAAGACGUUCAGCAACAUCUCUUGCUUGCAAAGUUGGGCAACAAGAGCAGAAGAAAUCUCUUCCCUCCAAUGUUGAGCAACAAGAGCAUAAAAAUUCUCCAGCCUCCAAGAUUGAACAAGAGCAGAAGAAAUCUCUUCCCUCCAAUGUUGAGCAACAAGAGCAGAAAAAUUCUCCUGCCUCCAAGAUUGAACAACAAGAGCAGAAGAAAUCUCUUCCCUCCAAUGUUGAGCAACAAGAGCAGAAAAAUCCUCCUGCCUCCAAGGUUGAACAACAAGAGCAGAAGAAUCCUCUUGCCUCCGAGGUUGAACAACAAAAGCGCACAUGGGAUCAACUGCAUCAACAGCAACAGCAACAACAACAACAACAUCAACAACAACAGCAACAGCAACAACAUCCAAAUAAAUUCCAACGAACAUCAGGAUCAGCUGCUACACCAUAUCGAAUGCCAACUUCCACUCCUGACUACUAUCAUCAGCAUACAAGUUUGCCAACUUCGCAGCAUGAGAAUUAUAGACACCCUGGGCAGUUUGGUAUGCCAAUUUGGCAGUUUGGUAUGGCUGCGGCCAACCAAUAUGGAAUUGGUGCUAAUUGGGGACACCCUGGGCAGUUUGGUAUGUAUGCCAACAAUUACGCAAAUGGUGCAAUGCCGCAUUCUGGAAUACAUCAGCCGUAUCACUUCAUCCCCAGCCCUCCUACAUAUGGCCCUUAUCAACCCAAUAGCUAG